CCAAAGAGCAGAAUGAAUUGCUGCUUAUUGCUAUCUUCUUUGUUGGGACUUUCUCUCCUAUGGCCUUGCCUUACAGCAACAGAAAACUCUAAAAUAGAGAAAGUUAAGCACCCAGCAGGACCUCAUUUGAGAGUGAGGCGUGGCUGGAUGUGGAACCAGUUUUUUGUACCAGAAGAAAUGAAUAAGACUAGUUAUCACAUUGGCCAGCUAAGAUCUGAUUUAGACAAUGGAAACAAUUCUUUCCAGUACAAGCUUUUGGGAGCUGAAGCUGGAACUAUUUUUGUCAUUGAUGAAAGAACAGGUGACAUAUAUGCCAUACAGAAGCUUGACAGAGAGGAACGAUCCCUCUACACUCUAAGAGCCCAGGUAAUAGACACCAGCACUGGAAGGGCUGUGGAGCCUGAGUCUGAGUUUGUCAUCAGAGUUUCGGAUAUCAAUGACAAUGAACCAAAAUUCCUAGAUGAACCUUAUGAGGCCAUUGUACCAGAGAUGUCUCCAGAAGGAACAUUAGUCAUCCGGGUGACAGCAAGUGAUGCUGAUGAUCCUUCAAGUGGCAAUAAUGCUCGUCUCCUGUAUAGCUUACUACAAGGCCAACCAUAUUUCUCCAUUGAACCAACAACAGGAGUCAUAAGAAUAUCUUCUAAAAUGGAUAGAGAACUGCAGGAUGAGUAUUGGGUAAUUAUUCAAGCCAAAGACAUGAUUGGUCUGCCUGGAGCACUGUCUGGAACAACGAGUGUAUUAGUUAAACUUUCUGAUGUUAAUGACAAUAAACCCAUAUUUAAAGAAAGUUUAUACCGAUUGACUGUCUCUGAAUCUGCACCCGUUGGGACUUCUAUAGGAAAAAUCAUGGCAUAUGAUAAUGACAUAGGUGAGAAUGCAGAAAUGGAUUACAGCAUUGAAGAAGAUGAUUCACAAACAUUUGACAUCAUUACUAACAAUGAGACCCAAGAAGGAAUAGUUAUAUUAAAAAAGAAAGUGGAUUUUGAGCAGCAGAACCACUACGGUAUUAGAGCAAAAGUUAAAAACCGCCAUGUUGAGGAGAAGCUCAUGAAAUAUCACACUGAAGCCUCCACCACUUUCGUUAAGGUCCAGGUGGAAGAUGAUGACGAACCUCCUGUUUUUCUCCUCCCAUAUUACAUAUUUGAAAUCCUUGAAGGAAGCCCACAUGGAUCGUUUGUUGGCGUGGUCUCUGCCGCAGAUCCAGAUCAGAGGAAUUCUCCUAUUGGGUAUUCUAUUACUGGAAGCAAAGUGUUCAGUAUUGAGGACAAUGGCACAAUCAUCGCCUCCAACCCUCUUGAUCGAGAGCUUAGUGCUUGGUACAACCUCAGCGUUACAGCCACGGAGAAGUACAAUGUAGAACAGAUUUCUGCAGCCGCUGUGUAUGUGCAGGUUCUUAAUAUUAAUGAUCAUGCUCCUGAGUUCUCUGAAUACAGUGAGACAUACGUUUGUGAAAACGCAGCCUCUGGUCAGGUAAUUCAGACCAUCAGUGCAGUGGAUAGAGAUGAAUCCAUAGAAGAUCACCAUUUUUACUUUAAUCUGUCUGUGGAAGACAUAAAGAAUUCAAGUUUUACAAUCAUAGAUAAUCAAGAUAACACAGCUGUAAUUUUGACUAGUAGAACUGGUUUUAGCCUUCAAGAAGAGCCUGUCUUCUACAUAUCCGUCUUAAUUGCCGACAAUGGAAUCCCAUCACUUACAAGUACAAACACCCUAACCAUAUAUGUCUGUGACUGUGAUGACAAUGGCAGUACACAGACCUGCAGUAAUAAGGAUCUUAUGCUUUCCAUGGGAUUCAGGACAGAAGUCAUCCUUGCUAUUCUGAUAUGCAUUAUGAUCAUAUUUGGGUUUAUCUUUUUGAUCCUAGGGCUGAAACAACAAAGAAAACAGACUCUAUUUCCGGAGAAAAGUGAAGACUUUAGGGAGAAUAUAUUCAGAUAUGAUGAUGAAGGGGGAGGAGAAGAAGAUACAGAGGCCUUUGAUAUUGCAGAGCUGCGGAGCAGCACCGUCAUGAGGGAACGUAAGGCGCGGAGAGCCACCUCUGCAGAGAUCAGGAGCCUGUACAGGCAGUCUUUGCAGGUUGGCCCAGACAGUGCCAUAUUCAGGAAAUUCAUUCUAGAAAAGCUCGAAGAAGCUAAUACUGAUCCUUGUGCCCCUCCAUUUGAUUCCCUGCAGACCUAUGCUUUUGAGGGAACAGGGUCCUUAGCUGGAUCCCUGAGCUCCUUAGGAUCAGCAGUCUCUGACCAGGAUGAAAAUUAUGAUUACCUUAAUGAAUUGGGACCUCGCUUUAAAAGAUUAGCAUGCAUGUUUGGUUCUGCUAUGCAGUCAAAUAAUUAG